AUGUUGAGCAUGCUUCUUGAGGUAAUGAAGAGUAAUGAACAACUGGCUUUCAUAUUCGGUCUCAUAGGUAACAUCGUGUCAGUCAUGGUGUUCUUGGCGCCAAUACCAACGUUUUACAAAAUAUACAAGAACAAAUCAUCAGAAGGCUUCCAAUCCACACCUUAUGUGGUUGCCCUUCUUAGUGCAAUGCUGUUAUUGUUUUAUGGUGUCCUCAAGACCAAUGCUGCCUUGAUCAUCAGCAUCAAUGUCAUCGGAUGCGUUAUAGAAAUUACUUACCUCAUAUUCUACUUUGUAUAUGCAUCCAAGAAGGACAAGAUUACUACAAUGAUACAGAUACUGGUGUUGAACGUAGCGGCCUUUGGGUCGGUGGUGGCGGUCACAUUCCUUCUUGUAGGAGAAGACAAGCGCGUUAGCACCGUUGGAUGGAUAUGUGCUGUGUUUGGCAUUGCUGUCUUUGCUGCUCCUUUACUCAUCAUGAGAAUAGUGAUACGAACUAAAAGUGUAGAAUACAUGCCAUUUUAUUUGUCAUUUUCCCUGACAAUUUGUGCCACCUUGUGGUUCUUGUACGGGCUCUUCGUAAAGGAUUAUUACAUUGCAUUUCCAAAUGUGUUGGGAUUCUUAUUAGGCAUCGCUCAGAUGAUCCUAUACCUCAAAUACAAGAAUUAA